CUUGACGGCCACAAGAUGCAGUUCAUUCAUUUUUACAGCAGCAGGCAUGCUCCGUGCAGCUACCAGCACUCCUCCUGCUGUCUGGACGGAGAGUUGUUUCACUUUCCUCGGCCUGCUUCGGAACUUUUCACCGCUUUAACACUAUGGACCUGCCAUGGACGGACACCGGCGCUCCGGUACGGCAUGCAAAUACGUACUCUGACGUCGGCGAUCAUGUGGCUUUUGGCGUAGAUCCUCCUUGUGAUCGCCAAUUUUUUCUUUCCUGUCGCCUGUUGUCUGCUCGGUUGUUGGACCGCCGUGAGAGUGUUUAAAAGGGAGACUCGGCUUAUUUUGGUCGGUUAGCGGCGGCGUUGGGAUCGUACCGCACUAACCUGAGCAUCGCGCCAAAACGGUGGGCAGGUAUCAUCCUGUCAUGCAGUUCCAGGAGGUCUGCGAGCACUGGAGCUGACACUGUCAGCGAGCCCAGCCUACACUACACCACAGCAGUUCUGUCCCUACCAGACCUUCACCUUCCACUGCCCUCCUCUCUAUCCAGCCACUAAUCUUACCCCAAGGGAAGACUUUUGACCUUGGCUGCUCAACUACAUCCCACAAAUUGUCCUGUGCUUGCUGCCUGUAUCUGUCCUCGUAUAAGCCAGUCCUCCUGGCUGUACUUCCACAUCUUAGAAAUAGUCUUUUCUCAGUAGUUCCACAUCCUGCAUCCUGGGCAUCUCAGCAAUAGUCCCCUUUACAACAUCCCUGGCCAAUCACAAGCAACAGCUAAGGGCAGCUGUCCACCAGGACAAAUCCAGGAUCUGCCAUCAUCAUGUCCAGUCGACGGAAGGCUUCCACUCCCUGUAUGAUCCGACCAGAGCAGACCAUGGUGGAGCUGGAUGACGAGGCAGAGGAAUCACACAACAUGGAGACAACAGAGAACCAUACUGAGGAGGGACCAAUGGAGGCAGAUCUCUCAGCUGAAGCAGAGCCACCCAUGGACCUAGAUCUAAUGGGAAAGACCUCAGACCCCCCGACAGCUCCAGACAAACCUGCGACGGAGCCACCGGACCUUUCUAAGCCUCAGCGUAGGCAGCAGGGGGGCUACGAGUGCAAAUACUGCCCCUUCUCCACACAGAACCUCAACACUUUCAAAGAACACGUAGACGCCAACCACCCUAAUGUCAUCCUCAACCCCCUGUAUCUGUGCGCCGUCUGCAACUUCAACACAAAGAAGUUCGACACCCUGACAGAACACAACGAGAGGUGUCACCCAGGGGAGAGCAACUUUAAAUUCAAACGUAUAAAAAUGAACAAUCAGACAAUCUUAGAACAGACAAUAGAGGGGUGCAGUAACAAUGCAGUCAUUUACAACACUUCCAGCGCCAUUUCUGGCAAAGGGGACGAACUAGGCGCUCUGCCGCUCAGCAAACCCACCACAGUCAAGAUCGGAAAACCAAAAAUAAUGUCGUCAGAUAAUAAACGGACAGAGUCUCAGCUGAGUAAACUGACCCCCGAUCUGGCCAAGAAACCAAUCACAGCGGUCAACGUGAACGGGACGGUCAUCAUUCCUGAGUCCACUCUCCUUAAAACAGACGGCCUUUCUCACAUCAUGCCUUCCCUACAGAGGCCUCUAAACUAUACACAGGUGCCGAAGAUCGCAGUGCCCCUCAACACUACCAAAUACAACCCUUCGCUGGACGACAACCUGACGCUCAUCUCUUCCUUCAACAAGUUCCCCUACCCAACACAGGCUGAGCUCUCCUGGCUCACUGCAGCCUCAAAACAUCCAGAGGAGCAAAUCAAAGUCUGGUUCACCACACAGAGGCUCAAGCAGGGCAUUAGCUGGUCACCUGAGGAGGUGGAAGAAGCCAGGAAGAAAAUGUUCAACGGUACAAUCUCCUCUGUGCCUCAAACCUUCACCGUGGUAGCUCCUCAGCUCAACUCCCACCCAUCCACCAACAUGUCGUCCGCCACCGCAGCCUCCAAAGCCAUUCAGCCAGCAGCCUCUGUCCUGCAGUCCCUCCCCUGUCAGCUGCUGGGACAGAGCAGCCUGGUGCUGACUCCUGUCGCCAACGGUUCCACUGUCACUUGUGCACCGCUGGCGCUCACCGUGGCUAACCAGGUUGCGCAGUCACUCAAACGACCCCUGGCCUCUCCUGUGAUCGCCACAGAGAGUAAACGUCCCUCCAUCAUUCAAACUAUCUCGGCACCCUUGGCCACAUCUAAGCUGGCAUCACCCAAAGUGCUGAGUUUUACAGUCGACCCCAAUAAAACAGCCGAGCAGCUAUCAGUACUGAGGUCCAGCUACACACAGUGUCCUUUCCCUGAGGAAGAUGAGAUCUACAGGCUGAUAGAGACCACAGGGCUGUCCAGAGGAGAGAUAAAGAAGUGGUUCAGUGAACAGAGGCUCCUUAAUCUCAAAGGGGUUCCUCCACCACCAGUGCUGGUGAAGGCAGAGGUGACACCAGCACCUAAAGAUGGUGCUGUAAAAAAAGCAGUUCCCAAUCAGUUUCCCCUGCUGGAGAGGGUGAAGGGAAAGACAUCGGAGCAGCUGAAGGCACUGGAGGAGAGUUUCCAGAGAAGCGGCUCUCCAACUGAGGCAGAGCUAGACCAGCUGGCCCAGGAGACCAGGCUGUCUAAGACAGAGGUGGACUGCUGGUUUUCAGAGCGCAGGGCACUGAGGGACAACAUGGAGAAGACUUUACUGACCAUGGCCUCAAAAAACACAGAGGACAGAGCAGACCGUCCCGGAGCGUUGCUGAACGGGUCUUCUCAUCGAGAGCAGGAAGGGAAACCUCUCCGCUCUUCCCCUCACCCGCCUGUCCUCUCCUCGUCCUCCUCCUCCUCCUCCCCUCCUGUGCUCGCAGCCUCCUCCCCUCAUCCACCAACCCUCUCCUCCUCUGCAUCUCCUCCCAUCCUCACUUCGUCCUCCUCCUCUUCUCCCCAUCCUCCCAUCCUGUCGGCCUCCACAAGCCCGGCUCCCAUCACCAGCCGCUCCCUCACCCUGCUCAGAGAGAUGUUCUGUCGGACCCAGUGGCCGUCUCCUGAGGAGUACAGUCAGCUGGAGGUCCAAACAAGCCUGGGACGCACCGACAUUGUCCGCUGGUUCAAAGACCACCGCUCGGCAUUGAAGAACGGUGAAACUCUGGAUUGGAUGGAAGGUUUCCAAAACCAAAACCUUGCUGAGCAGCAGAAAGCAAGCCAGGAACAGAACAGCCAGAGUUCUGAGAAAAAACAGAGUGUUUCCUUGGAAGUCAAGGCUGUGAAGGUGGAGGAGACUGGAGAGAACACAGCAGCUACAGAGCACUCCAAGCUGUCAGAGCAAGACAAAGUCCAGUGGUUGACUGACAGACUAGCCCACAGUGUGUCGGACCUGAGCCGGACCAGACCGGACCAGACUAGCUCUAGCCCUGCUGACAAAGGGAGGUGGGUGAAGGUGACUGUGGCAGUGGGGGAGGAGACGGAAGGAGGAGUGGAAAGACAGAGGCUGGCAACAGACUCUGAUGUUAUGACCUUGGAGCAACCAGGGAGGGUCACUGGUUGAUGGCAGGUGAAACUGGUAGAGUAAAAUCAUUGACCCUGAGUCACCGACCACCGUGCAACGACUCAACACGACCAAAUGUGGAACCAGUCUGCCUGUGAUGUUAUCACAAAGCGCCGGGGACUUUGGAGUUCCACUGUUAAAGCACUGAUGUGAGGUGCAGAUGCUGACAUUAAGAGGAGUGCCAAAGCUGGACUUGAUGCAUUGUUCUUACUACUACUACACUUUUUUUUUUCUUUUUCUUUUUUUUUUUUUUAAACAGAAGCACCCUUGUAAAUAUUUUUCUGUAUUACAAAAGAAGUUUGUACAGUUUUACUGGGAGGGCGAGUUUUGUUACAUUUUAAAAAAAAAAAAAAGUCUGACUGGUGCCCCAAAUCCUGUAAUGUUUUUUUUUUGUUGUUGUUCUAAGAUCAAAGUGUAUAAUAGUCUGUUUUUUUCGCUGAAAAUCAGUCCUAUUUUUUUGAAAAUCAUACUUGCGCACUACUCGUUAUGAGCAGUCUUCGAUGGCACUUGCAUAUAUCCCUGCUGUAGUGGUAGAUAUUCUCAUGAUAGGCCACUUCAUCUCAAACUGUAACUUUUCCUUUCUCUCCUGCAGCGUCACCUUGACUCACCCUUGUAGUGUAACGCUGGUGAAGGUGGAAAUCACUCAGAAGUGCCAGAGGGGCAGUUAGGAGGAAUAACAGUGUUUUGUGCAAUCUGAACACAGCUACAGUCUCAUUGCUGAGAGGCCAGAGAACGAACACAAACAGCCGCACAGGCAGACCAAGACUAAGAGCAUUAGGGAAAAUGAAUGAAUGCACUGUACGUCCUAACUUAUUGUAUCUUCUCUAGUCAGCUGGAUCAUAAUGUUCCUCUUCUGAAACAGAAAUGAUUAUUCACACAGAGAGUGGAGUGUCUGCCCGAUCGCACCAUGCUGCCUUUUCAGCCCUCUCGUCUGACAUUUCCCGUCUGCCUCAGAACUGGGUCGAGUACAGGCUUGUGAUGAUGAUUUCAACUUAUCGGAUCUUUGUUUUAAAAAAGUUAAAAUAUUCUUGACAGAACUCGCCAAGAAAAACAAGUGUUUUACGCAUGAUAAAAUAGUCAAGGCUCCUUUAUUUGAACCAUUUCAGAAACCCAUUUUGUCUUGGCUCUGAUCUGUAAACACGCCUCUUGUCUUCUCUCUAGGCUUUCUGGCUUUGGGUAGGUCCAUCUAUUCCAAGCAGGACUGGGUUCAGUUGAUUCCUGUUCAGCCAGCUGACGGCAACCAGAAUGGGAGCUCAUGAAUCUGUGUUAGAGAUAAAUGAUCAAAACUGUGCUUUUAUUUGGAAUUGUCAGCAAAUAUCACAGCAGUCAAAGCUGUCAUCAACUGUUUGCAUGUGCUUCAAUAAUUUUCAUUUAAAAAUCACCAUUUUCAGAAAUGGUUUAAAGGGAUUUCUGUGAUUUAUGGGUCACAUUGCAAGUCCUUGCAAUAUUUGUGCAAGUGAGAAAAGUUAAGUUCGGUUGUCAUUAAUAACCCUGGUUUGAACAGCAGGUGUAUGGCUGUUUGUUGGCUGAAUGUCUGUUGCUGCUGCUGCUGCUGCUGCUGCUGCUGCUGCUGCUGCUUUUAGGUUCACAAGUAUCUGGGAUACUGUACAUUUGGUUGGCUAGUACGGAAUACCGCUUGCAUUUUCAUUUUCUACUUUAAGUCUGCUGUAACUCAAUAAACACACAACUGACUGUAAAAA